GGCUCCCCGGCCACCCCUGGCUCCCCUGCUGGCCCUGGCUCCCCGGCCACCCCUGGCUCCCCGGCCCGCACUUCUCGGGGCAGGAAGAUACAGAAGAAAGAUGCCCUCUCAGCGGGUCAGCCGUCCGGCCUGGCAGCCUUGCAGGACAAGGUCCCCCGGAAAGACACCAUCUCCGAGCUCCAGUCAUGCCUGCAGCGGGCUCGGGCGCUGGAGGUGCGGGUCCAGGCGCUGAAGGCCAGCGCCCAGAAGGGUGCUGAGAGCCCCAGCCCGCCGGAGGCUGAGGGCGGUCCAGAGCAGCCGUGCGGCAAGCAGCUGCCCGCCUACCAGCGCUUCCAUGCCCUGGCCCAGCCCGGCCCUCCAGGGCUGGUGCUGCCCUACAAGUACCAGGUGCUGGCCGAGAUGUUCCGCAGCAUGGACACCAUCGUGGGCAUGCUCCACAACCGCUCGGAGACUGCCACCUUCGCCAAGGUCAAGCAGGGCGUCCAGGACAUGACACGCAAGCGCUUCGAGGAGCGCAACGUGGGCCAGAUCAAAGCCGUGUAUCCCACGUCCUACCGCUUCCGCCAGGAGCGCAACGUCCCCACCUUCAAGGACGGUGUGAAGAGGUCCGAUUACCAGCUCACCAUCGAGCCGCUGCUGGACCAGGAGGCUGGCGCUGCAGCCCCCCAGCUCACGGCCUCGCGCCUCCUGCAGCGGCGGCAGGUCUUCAGCCAGAGGCUGCUCGAGCGAGCCAAGGAGCACCACAGGGCCUUCCUGGCCUCCCUGAGCCCCCCCAUGGAGGUGCCUGACGACCAGCUGACCCGCUGGCACCCGCGCUUCAGCGUGGACGAGGUGCCUGACGUCGAGCCGGCCGCGUUGCCCCAGCCGCCUGCCACGGAGCAGCUCACCACGGCCCAGGAGGUGCUGGCCCGCGCCCGCGGCCUGGUGUCGCCCAGGAUGGAGAAGGCCUUGAGUCAGCUGGCCGUGCGCUCAGCCGAGCCCAGCAGCCCCGUCCUGCCCGCCAGCCCGCCGGCCACCCCGCCCACCACCCCCACCCACGCCCUGAAGGGGGUGUCCCAGGACCUGCUGGAGCGGGUCCGGGCCAAGGAGGCACAGAAGCAGCUGGCACAGAUGACGCGGCGCCCGGAGCAGGAGCUGCGGCUGCAGCGGCUGGAGCGGCUGCCCGAGCUGGCCCGCGUGCUGCGCAGCGUCUUUGUCUCGGAGCGCAAGCCGGCGCUCACCAUGGCGAUGGCCUGCGCCCGGAUGGUGGGCAGCUACUGUGCCAGCAUGAGCCCUGGGGAGAUGGAGAAGCACCUGCUGCUGCUGUCCGAGCUGCUGCCCGACUGGCUCAGCCUCCACCACGUUCGCGGCGACACCUACGUCAAGCUGGACAAGGCUGCCGACCUGGCCAGCAUCACGGCACGCCUGGCCCUCCGCGCCCGCACCGAGGGGCUGUGAGCCCGGGGCCUGCUGCAGAGCAGCGGGCUGGGGACACACUGGGCUGGGCCGCUGUGUGGUUUUACUCCUUGUAUGAACUCGACGCACUUUGCUCUUCUCUUCCCGGGGGUCCCCGACGGUGGGUGGUGGGUCUGUCUUGGUCUCGGGUAGGUGUGUUGAUAUUAAACUGGUUUCUGCCUCC